CUCCUUCCCAUUCACUCCACCCUCUUUCCUUUUCACCUUCAACUUGCAAUGACAAGCCUCAGGAAUCGUUGCUGAUUGUUAAUGUUUGACAAGUAGGAAGAAGGUCGCAGACAACGGUGAUCGCGAGUGCUUUGUUAUUCUGUGAUAACAUCAGACUGAGACAAUGUCGGACACAAUGGAGGUUCUGGUGCUGAUUGACUUUGAGGGCACCAUGGGGGACGAGAUCACGGUGCGGACAGGAGAUGUAGUCAAAAACGUCACCAAGGCCAGCGAGGACGGCUGGCUGGAGGGGGAGGUGCAAGGCAAACGAGGCAUCUUCCCGGCCAACUUUGUAAAGGAGGUGCCAGUUUAUUUGAAGGGGGACAGCAAGAGGGAACCAAGAAGCAUCCGAACACCAAAAAGGAUGAAACAAGUACGGACAUGCGAAGUGGUGUUUGCCUACAGCCCUCUCAACGAGGAUGAACUGCAGUUGGUCGUUGGGGAGAAGGUGGAAAUAAUCAGCGAGAUUGAAGAUGGAUGGUGGAUGGGCAUCAAAAAUGGCAGAGUGGGGGCAUUUCCAUCCAACUUUGUCAGAGAAAUCUUUGUCGCCCCUAAAGAUGGCAAACACAACGACAGCAAGGCCAGACCGAAGCUAAGUGACGCAGUCUUCAAUAAAGAGAUAUCCCAGAGAGCAACAGUCCGAAGCAAAGCAAAAAACGUGGUGGAGUGUUGUCAAGUCAUGUUCGACUACAAGGCUAAAGCAACGGACGAGCUGGAUCUGAAGAUUGGGGACGUUGUUGUCAUACUACGAAAGGAAACCGAAGAUGACGGUUGGUGGGAGGGUGAGCUAAACGGACGUUGCGGAUUCUUCCCCGAUAACUUCGUCAUGGUGAUACCGCCAAUGGACAGUCUAAAGUCUGGUAACAAGAGCCUACCGCCCACACGCAACAUCAACAAAAAUGUCUCAGCCAAAACAGACGGCCCAGCCAUGGACAAAGUUGCCUCGACGAAGACAAUAGAUGAAAAACCACAGCUUAAGGACUUGCGAAGCCAUCCUCCAACCAAAGUCAAGCUUCCAAGCAUCAACAAACUCAGCCCGACUCAUCUCAAAGACAAAGCCAACAAAGGGAUAUCCAAAGCCAACGGCGAUACAUCCCCUCACUUGCCGAAAUCCCCAGAGGACAAAGACGGUGACCAUUUUGACGCCGUGGACCCAGACGGCGACAAGCUGAACCACCCGACAGCCAACCGAGCCAAGCCCCCUCAAAGGAGACCCCCAUCUGGCGCAGCCGUAGGAGUGCAGACUCCAAGUGACUCUGCACCGGAGGUGACCAAGAAGGGCCAAACUGAUAAACAGCCUGACUUACAAAAGGUGCAGGUGGAAGUCCAAAAUGUGGCCCAAAAUGACCAGGUGACGCUGGAGAGCCUGCAGGGUGACAUCAAGGAUCUGCAGAUGGCUCUGGAGAUUCUGCAGACACGAUACGAACACGGCAUGCAGGAACUGAAGGAAGAACUGCGCGACGAGAGAAACAAGCGACUGACACUGGAGGAAGAAGUAAUCACAUUGAGACUGAAAAAUUAAUCUCAAAGCACAACCAAUCCCGCAGUUUGCCCAUGGACUGCAAAGGUCACACGCAAGGUCAAAUUGACCUCUACAGAAAUCAAGAGAAAAAACAGGAUUACAUUUAUUCUGUUUGUACUACUAGUGUGUUCCUUUGUUUUUGAAAAAAUUGACAAAAAUUGAGGGUUAAAAUAGUUUUUGAUGAUUGCAGGUCAUAUUGACCUAUGAACAUUAUUGCUCAAAAAUGAACACAAAAGGAGAGUGAGAGAGUUCGACAUUUAUUUUUAUUAUAUAUUUUUUCUGGGUUUUUAUUUUUCUAUAACAAUUAAUCUUGUUAUAUGUGUGUAUGUGGCUGUACAGACGUAUAAUAGUUUUUUUCUGUAGUUUUGUUCACCCUUGUACAAGAAUAUCAUACUCUUAAUUUCCACGUGGAGGCGCCAUUGGGUUAUUAAAGCUCACCUUUCCUGAUUGUUGCCUCAAGGUAGAACAAAUCAUCAAAUCAAAAGGUUUGGUUCUGAAGACACAAAUAAUAUUUCCAAUUAAUGCAUUAAUGCGGCAAAAAUUGUUUCAAAAUGAGGAAAAACCUGGUAGUCAACUAGCCUCAUGGAAACAAAAUGAGCUGUGAAUGUCCACGGACUUGGGAUGCUGCGUCUCAAAAACUUAUACUGCCUGUAGAAGCUACGAUUGUUAUGAUUAUUAUAAUUAUUAGCCAUUUUUCCCUCAAGGAUGCUGUUCUGACAAAGGAGGGAGGUGUUCAGAGAGAGAGAGAGAGAGAGAGAGAGAGAGGGAGAGAGGGAGAGAGGGAGAGAGAGAGAGAGAGAGAGAGAGAGAGAGAGAGAUCAAGCACGCCUGACUUUGGUGCAGGCAGCGUGGGGUCGAUUCCUGCUCAGUGAUGGUGUUGAUACUUGCCCAGCGAUUGGUCUGCUCACCAGUUCAGGGUGUUCCCUGCCACCUGCCCAUUGGUAGGUGGGUUGGAUCCAGCACGUCUGUGGCCCUUGUAAGGAUAAGCAGCUAAGAAAAUGGAUGGAUGGAUAUAUCUAUAUAUAUAAUUUACUGUAGUUUCAAUUUACCACUUGGCACCGAACUGAAAUAUUUUUGUAUGUAAAUAAUGUAAUCUUUACACCAUUCAUCCAUCCAUUUUCUGAGCCGUUUAUGCUCACAAGUGUCACAGGAGUUUUUGAGCUUAUCCCAGUUGUCAUCGGGCAGGAGGUGGGGUACACCCUGAACUGGUUGCCAGACCAAUCGCUGGGCCAUUAAAGGAUUUAUAAUUUGCUUGAAUGUGAUUUGAGCACGCAUUGCAGACUUGGAAGGUGUGAUGUUGUAAUGAAUAUGAAAAGUUAAUAAACUUUGCCUUUUGGUAACAUGACAUUUAGUUUAAAGUCAUAGAUAUUUUCUUGAACAUUAAUAUUCAGUGCUCGAAAAUGUUUAUAGUUCUCUCAUAUAACCCAGAAAGACUCCAUACUAUGCUUUUAAAUAAUAAAAUAACAUUCUGUGA